AUGGAUUUCGUAUCCAUUGGGCGCUUCGUGCUUUACAGCCUCAGCCUAUUUUUCAUCUACAAAAUUCUUGCCCAGUUCAAGCACAUCAGGCGACCGCCUCUUCCACCAGGACCAAAACCCAAGUUUCUGGUUGGGAAUCUAGGCGACCUACCUCCGCCCGGGCAGCCAGAGUGGAAUCAUUGGUUGCAACACAAAGAUGCAUACGGCGGCCUUAGUUCCGUUACUAUCAUGGGCCAGACUUUGGUCAUUGUCCACGAUGUUCGCUUGGCAUUCGAAUUGUUGGAAAAGCGCUCGGCGAAACAUUCCUCGCGGCCAAAGCAGGUAUUUGCUGGUGAAAUGAUAGGCUGGGAGAACUCACUUGGACUUUCUCCAUACAACAAUCGAUUUCGAGCUCUUCGAAAAAAUAUGUCCAAAGUGCUGGGCUCGCAUAAUUCAUCGGCACGCUUCAACCUCCUUCAAGAAAAAGAAGCCGGUCAUUUUCUGCUUCGCGUACUGGAUGUCCCGGAUAACCUCACCGAGCAUAUCCGAAAGGAGGCCGGCUCCGUUAUUCUCAAGAUUGCUUAUGGAUACACGACAGAACAAAAUGGUAGGGAUCCGUUGGUAGAGUUGGCUGGCCAAGCCAUGGAUCAAUUUGCGCGGGCUGGAGUUCCUGGUGCAUGGCUGGUCGACAUGCUUCCGUUCCUGAAACACUUGCCAGAUUGGUUCCCUGGAGCAGGGUUCAAACAGAUUGGUCGUUUGUGGGGAUCCACGUUGUCCGAACUCACCGAAAGGCCGUAUGCCUUUGUCAAGCACCAGAUGGCCGAAGGUGUCAAUGAACCAUCUUUCCUGUCAGAUUUGCUCCAGCAACCAAUUUCAAACGCAGAUGAUUUAUUCACCGUGAAAUGUUCCGCCAUGUCCCUGUUUGCAGCUGGGGCAGAUACCACCGUUUCAUCUUUGUCAUGUUUCUUCCUGGCCAUGAUUCUAUUUCCCGAGGCCCAAAAAAAAGCGCAGGAAGAAAUCGACCGAGUUGUAGGUACCGAUCGUUUACCAGGGGUUGCAGACCGGCCGAAUCUCCCGUAUCUGAAUGCAAUGGUGAAAGAGGUACUUCGUUGGCACCCAGUAGCACCAAUGUGUUUGCCGCAUAUGACCACCGAAGACGAUAUUUGCGAAGGUUAUUUUAUUCCGAAAGGAUCAUAUAUCAUGCCUAACGUUUGGUUCUUUACGCAUGAUCCAGCCGUGUACCACAACCCAAUGCAGUUCAAACCAGAACGUUUCCUAGCCACCGAGAAACAAAUUCCCGAACCUGACCCGCAUACACUAGUCUUCGGUUUCGGACGUCGAAUAUGUCCUGGCCGCUUGCUAGCCGACACUGCCCUAUUCAUCAACAUAGCACAGGCUCUAUCCGUUUUCCAGAUCGGAAAAGCAAUUGAGAACGGCCAGGAAAUUGAUCCAGUGGUAGAAUUCUUGCCUGGCGUUGUUAGCCACCCAGCUCCAUUCAAAGCUUCAAUAAAACCACGGUCAUUGCAUCACGAAGGCCUAAUUCGGAGUAUCGAACAAGCACACCCUUGGCAGAAGAGCGAUUCUAAGUUAAUGCAAAAUAUCGUGUUUUAG